AGACAUUUAGAAGACAUAGAAAUAGAAGAAGAAUGUAUUUCUAUAUUGUGUUAUAAGUUGUAGUUUGCUUGGCUUUUCUGUUUAAAUUUUGUUUUAUUUAUUUAUUAAUGUGGUAUAAUCUAGGCCAAAUGGAAAUGGAGCACAAAGUUAAAGAAGAAAUUGAUAUUCAAAAUGAUUUUGUUUCAAAUGCAGAUGUUAAACAAGAAUUGAUUGAUGAUGGAGUCGCUUUUGAAUAUGUAAACACUAACAUGAAUACUAUUAAACAAGAAAUAAAUGACGAAGUAAACUCAGUUCAGUUACUUGAAGAAUCUAUAGUUGUAGCAGGACAAGACAGUUUUGAUAAGGUUAAUGUACCCAUAUUUCGAAAUAAAUUUAAAUAUUUCAAAGGAUAUUCGGGAAGGCGAAUGAAAUCAAAAGGAUUACCAAAAAAGGAAAAACUCUUAAAUUCAGACACUAUUAACGGGAUUAUGAUCUGUAUGUUUUGUGGAAAUUUAUACACGAAACAAAGAGAAAUCGUUUGCCAUUUUUUCACAAGUCACAGUAUAAAUAAGAAGAAAUUACAAUGUAAAACGAAGUUGCACAAGAAAAAUAUGAAAUGUCGAAGGAAAAAAGUGAAACAUGACUUUGCAAUUUCCAGAAAUCUUGAUAAAGAUGUAAAAAGUGAAAUUGAAAUAGUAGAACAUGAUUUGAACGAGGAAAAAAGUAUCAACUCAAUUAAUAAUUUCAUGUUGAAUUCAUAUGUUGAUCACAAAUUGGAAAAAAGCGAUUUAAACGAACAUUUGUUUGCUCAGUCAGGAAAAAAAUCAUCCAAAUGUGACAUUUGCUUGAAAAAUUUUUCGCGUAGAAGUAAUUUAAAUGCACACUUGCGUCGGCACACAGGAGAAAAGUCAUUUAAAUGUGACAUUUGUUUCAAAAAUUUUUUGCAGAAAUGUGAUUUAAAUAAACAUUAUCGUAUUCACACAGAAAAGCCAUUGAAAUGUGAUAUUUGUUCGAAAAUUUUGUCGUGUAAACAAAGUUUGAAAACACAUUCAUUUAUUCACACAAAAGAAAAGCCAUUCAAAUGUGACAUUUGUUUGAAAUAUUUCUCGUGUAAACAAACUUUGAAAACACAUUUAUUUAGUCACUCAAAAGAGAUGCCAUUCAAAUGUGAUAUUUGUUUAAAAACAUUUUCAUAUAAAAAUAAUAUGAAAACACAUUUGUAUAGUCACACAAAAGAAAAGCCGUUUAAAUGUGACAUAUGUUUAAAAAAAUUUACACAUAAAAGUUAUUUGAAGGAACAUAUACGUUGCCACACUGGAGAAAGACCAUUCAAAUGUGAUAUUUGUUUGAAAAAUUUCUCAUUUAAACAAACUUUGAAAAUACAUUUACUUAGUCACACAAAAGAAAAGCCAUUUAAAUGUGACAUAUGUUCCAAAAAUUUUACAUUGAAAAGUUAUUUGAAGGCACAUAAACGUUGCCACACUGGAGAAAAACCAUUCAAAUGUAAUAUUUGUUCGAGGUCUUUUUCACAUAGAAGUAGUUUACAUGCACAUUUGCGUAGUCAUACAGGAGAAAAGCCAUUCAAAUGUGACAUUUGCUUGGAAACUUUUUCAGACAAAAAGCAUCUAAAAAAUCAUUUUUUGGUCACACAUGAGAAAAACUAUUCAAAUUUGCCGUUUGUUUAAAAGCUUUCAUUCAACAUUUGCGUUGUCAUACAGGAGAAUGUGACAUUUAUUUAUAAACGUUUAGAAGAAAACUAGAACAAACAUUUGCUUAGUAUUGUUAGUCAUAGAGGAGAAACAAAAUUUAAAUGUGAUAUUUAUUUAAAACGGAAAAGUAAUUUAAAAGCUUAUUCACCCAAAAAUAAAUUUAAUACACAUUUUCUUCAAAAACUUUUCGAUUGGAAAAGAAUAUGAAACCAAAACUUUCACAUAAAAAUAAAUUUAAUACAAAUUUUCGUACUCUCGGGACAACAUUUUUUAUUGAUAAGAGAUAGGCUGGUUGAUCAUUUUACAAAAUAAGGUUUGAGUUACUCUAUAUCCUGCGAAGAGUCUAAUUAAGUUGAAACCAUUGUUGAUAUUCAUACCAAACACACUAUUUACUCUACCACUACCCUAACACUGACUAUUACACCGUCUGAGACACGUUUCAAUAACCAAGUUAUCAUCUUCAGAGGCUUAGGGUAAACUAAAACAUAUUAACCUAAAAAAAAAACAAUUCCAGGGAAAAGAAGAUCAUUGGUGAGAAAAUUUGGUAUAAAUAGUUAGCUCAAUUUAAUAGGUUUUAGUUUACCUUCAGUCUCUGAAGACGAUAACUUGGUUAUCGAAACGUGCCUCAGACAGUAUAAUUGUAAAUGUUGGUAUAGUGGUAGAGUAAACAGUGUGUUUAAUACGUUUAAUGUGAGUUCGAUUGUUCGCUGUCAAACAAAGCAUUAUAGGUUAAUGUUUUUCUUGUGUUAUGUUGAUAGAAAUAUAUUUAAUGUGUGGUGGAA